AGCUUCUAGACCAGCAGGAGGAGGGAGGGGUCAGAGCAGCUGAGGGCCAGGAGAGAUGUGAAAAACUCGAGGUGGAGAUCAAGGGGAGGAGCAGAGUGUGCCCUCAGUUCUUGUGCACUAGAGGGAGAUGAUAUUUGCACAGCAGUCAGGGUCACAUGAGUGAUCAUGGUACAGCGAGAAGUUCUCCCUCCCAGGGCCAGGCCACAGGGUUUGUUUCUGUUCAAUCUGGAUUCUUCCAGUAAAAGAUUCAACUUUCCACAGUGAAGCUGAGAGCCUCCCAAAGUGCUGGCUACCUGCUGAGCGCCCCUGUAACUCUGACACAGUAGUAAUUUGAGCCUCUGCAACUGCCGUCUGCUUCCUGUGAAAGUCCUUUCCGUGUCCACUGACCCUUGAGUGGGCCUUUGAGCUGCUGACUUUCAGCUGGAACUUGAAGGGACCCCCAACGCUGAGACACCAUGGCCCUGACCUCAGAGUUGGGGAAACAGAUAAAACUGAAAGAGGUGGAGGGGACCCUCCUGCAGCCUGCAACUGUGGACAACUGGAGCCAAAUCCAGAGCUUCGAGGCCAAACCAGAUGAUCUCCUCAUCUGCACCUACCCUAAAGCAGGGACAACGUGGAUUCAGGAAAUUGUGGAUAUGAUUGAACAGAAUGGGGACGUGGAGAAGUGCCAGCGAGCCAUCAUCCAACACCGCCAUCCAUUCAUUGAGUGGGCUCGGCCACCCCAACCUUCUGGUGUGGAAAAAGCCAAAGCAAUGCCCUCUCCACGGAUACUAAAGACUCACCUUUCCACUCAGCUGCUGCCGCCAUCUUUCUGGGAAAACAACUGCAAGUUCCUUUAUGUAGCUCGAAAUGCCAAAGACUGUAUGGUUUCCUACUACCAUUUCCAAAGGAUGAACCACAUGCUUCCUGACCCUGGUACCUGGGAAGAAUAUUUUGAAACCUUCAUCAAUGGAAAAGUGGUUUGGGGUUCCUGGUUUGACCAUGUGAAAGGAUGGUGGGAGAUGAAAGACAGAUACCAGAUUCUCUUCCUCUUCUAUGAGGACAUAAAGAGGGACCCAAAGCAUGAAAUUCGGAAGGUGAUGCAGUUCAUGGGAAAGAACUUGGAUGAAACAGUGCUAGAUAAAAUUGUCCAGGAGACGUCGUUUGAGAAAAUGAAAGAAAAUCCCAUGACAAAUCGUUCUACAGUUUCCAAAUCUAUCAUGGACCAGUCAAUUUCCUCCUUCAUGAGAAAAGGAACUGUGGGGGAUUGGAAAAACCACUUCACUGUUGCCCAGAAUGAGAGGUUUGAUGAAAUCUAUAGAAAAAAGAUGGAAGGAACCUCCAUAAACUUCUGCAUGGAACUCUGAGCAAGAUGUAAAUACAAUUAAAAGGUGGAUGGCAAGAGUGCAAAUACUAUCUUCAAUCCUUCAGUCCCAGCCAGAAGAAUCUCUGAAAGCAUAUUGUGAAUGUAUAUGAUGUAGUACAAAUGAUCUCUGUGAUGAUUAACAGUGUGUCACUAAUUCAUUUUUAAAAAGGGAUCAUGUCUAAUGCCCAUUUUCCCAACUAUUCUUUCCAAGUAAGAUAUAAGAUAGCUUAAUAAACUAAGUAAAACA